CCCAGAUGGCACAACGGGUGCUGGCCGAGUCGCCAGAGCUGCUCGCCGCCAUAGCGCGCUUCGUGGCCAGCGCGGAUGAUCUGUCGGCGCUCCUGCGCCUAUCGCCUCGCGCGCAUCUACCCGCGCCGCUGUGCAACCUUGUCUUGCUCGCCCAGACAGUGCCGAUCGCCAGCUUGUGGCCGUCGGUGCGGUAUGCGGCACUCGUGACGGCUGACGAAGUCGCACUGGCGACCAAAGUCAUCGGGUUCUUUGGCCACUUGCAGCUCGACGGACGACUGAGCGAUGCCCAGAGGUGCCUUGUGAACGUAUCGGAGGUCAUUACCGUGGACUACGAGGUCGCGGCCUCGGAAGCGGCGCUCUGGCAAGGGGAUCGGGUCUCGACACUGACACUGCGGCUCGCUGCUGGCAGCUCGCCAGCGCAUCUCAUCGCGGUAGCGCGCUGGGUUGCGACGGCGCCUCGACUCACAUGCGUUUGUUUGAGCUUUGAGCACUGGACGGACAUGGCGUCGCUGCUCGUCCUCGCCGAGAGCAUCAACGCGAACCCUCGGAUUCGCACCAUUGCGCUGCGCGGGCGCUCGCUCCCGGCGGUACCCGACGCAAUGGUCAUGGCGCUCGCGCGAUGGAUACAUCGCGGUCAUCUUUCCAGCAUGAGUCUCGGCAAUGUCCAGCCGCGCGUACCAUUCAUGGCAUCUUCCAUCGGCGGCGCCUUGCGCUCCCUCAAGAAGCUGCGGGAGCUCAGCCUCGAGGACGAAAGUGCAAUCGCUGCCGCGUAUUUCGGUCACCCAACGCCGCUGCCGCUGCGGCGCCUCUCGCUGCGAAGCAAGACUGGGUUCCACGCGUGGGGCGUCACGACGAGCCUCCUCAACAGUCACGUGGUGCUCCCGGUCCUCCACACCCUCCAGGUAGGGUACGCAUACCUCGAACCAGCGAUGCUGUCGGCGUUGGCAACCGCGAUCCUGCGUCUUCCGGUUCUGGACGAGCUCGUCCUCACGUGCACGGGCGCCAAAGACCCGAACCUGGCGGAGGCACUUGUCCGCGUCCUCCCGCGCUGUAAGCGCUUGCGCCGACUCGCGCUGCGCAAUGUUCUAUUUGACGACGCGCGCUGGUGGCAUGUGGCCGCGGCGUGUCCGUCUCUGCGCUAUCUCUGUCUACGGAACGCGCAAUUGGCGGAUGACGUCGCGGCGUCUUGGCGCCUCUGCUGUCCGCGCGUCCGCAUCUGCUGUGCCACUGCUGCUUGUGACAUUCGUCGCUGCGAGAUUCCCGACGCCCAUCCGGCCAACGGAGCGAUAGAUCCGGGUAUCGUUGGUUUGUAAAAUGAACCAUCGUUUUCCCUUUCAA